CCCAAAAGUAUCUUGAUGGGAGGUCCUGGUAGCCGGUCCAGUGUCAUGGUUAUUAUAAACAAUAGAUAUGAGUAUUUAUCCAUCCUGAAAGCGCCAGGAGUAAGAAUGCAAACUCCUGUAGUGAGCAACAAUAAUUCUUCGACGACCACAUUGACCCGUGACUCACUGGUACAGUCACAGCAGCAGCAGAAUCAACAAAUAAAUAACAAUAACAACUCACUGUUAAAUAACAACAACAUCAAUCUCAACAACAACAACGGCAACGGUGUUAGCAUAAAUAAUAAUAAUAACAACAACAACAGCAACGGCUUACCGGGACUGGCAAAAGCGGUGCUCAUCUGCAGGCAGAAUUCACACCCUUUCAAUAACCGCACACUUUUUCUUGAACCGCAUCAAGAAGUAAAAGUUGGGCGAUCCGUAGCAAGGAACCGCGUCUCCGAAAACAAUGCAAUCUUUGACUGCAAGGUCCUGUCUCGGAAUCAUGCCGUGCUAUGGUACAGCGACGGAAAGUUCUACAUUAAGGACACAGGCAGUAGUAAUGGCACCUUCAUCAACAAUGUGCGCCUCAGUCAGACAAGCACAGAGUCGGAACCGUAUGAAGUCAGCUCGGGCGACAUCGUGCAAUUCGGCGUGGACGUUAUGGAGAACACGCGCCGUGAAACGCAUGGUUGUAUAGUGGCCACACUGAAGCUGUUUUUGCCCGAUGGCCGAGAAACGAAAGCCAGUCAGUCGAUCGGAGUCGGUGGACCCAGCACUAAAAUACCACCAGUGGAUCUAUACCGACUCAGUCAGUACAUACAGGAGGCAAAUCACAGGGAACAAAUUCUGGAAGCGAAACUGACGAGUCUGCAGAAGGUGGUCGAAACGACCAAACACAACUCAGCGAUGGGAUGGCAAGCGAUGAUCGACGAAGACCGGUUGCUUAGUCGAAUCGAUAUGUUGGAGAAGAAGCUACAGUAUUUUCAGAAGGGUAUGACCGAUGAUAAAUUACGGGAAGAGGUCCUAAAACUGCAGGAUGAGAAGUACCAAUAUCAAAAUUCUGCCAAGGAUGCCUUGCGAAAAGUGCACCAGGAAAGGUUGGAUGCAACCCACAAGGUAGCCACGAUAGAGAAAGCUCUAUGCAGCAGCGAGGAUGAGUAUUCGCUGUUGAGAGAACAGUUGAACAAAACGCAGCUGCAAUUGCAGGAAGUGACGGGCAGACUAGACGCACUACAAAAUCAGUACGAUGAGCGUGUGUUGUCUAGCGAAGAACAGCUUAAGGUGAAAGAAUCUGAAAUAACAAACCUAGGUCAUGAGAUUAACAUGCUGCAGGAAAAGCUGAGUUUUUAUGCGUUCUAUGCAUCCGAUGAGGACGAAAACCAACAGCAGCAGCAGCCCCAGCAGGAAUACACCAAUUCCGCUAUCUCUGAUUGGUUGCUGAAAUCUGAUAUUAAGAAACUGGAAGGAUCUGAAGAUAUUAUUAAGGCCAUUUGUAAUGAUGCAGACACCGAUGCCAAUGCUGACGAAAAGGAAGUGAACCUAGAAGAUAAUGUGGUGCAGUUACAAAAAAGAAUUCUCACUCUUGAGCGAAAUAUCUCUCUCAUGGUAGAUGGCGACAGCAGACCUGAAAACGAAAAUAACGAGCCAAACGACAAUGCCAGUGUAACGUCUUCUUCAAGGAUAAGCACAGCAACCGCUAACGACAAUAGUGCAGUCAGCGACGUAGCGUCCUCUGAUGGUGGAACCAGUAACGGUGAAGAAUGUGAUGGAAACCAGAAUGUGAGCAGCAUAGGCGCCACUAUGGGCGAAGGGUUACCAACAAUACCGUCCGAAAGUGAAACGACGACAACGAACACAUCCAACUUGAACCAGGCCGACCAGCAGCAACAGCAAACUCGACCUGGCGAGGAGUCCAAAUCACCCUCGCGAAUGAACUGCGAACUGACCAAGAAAGUCCUGCGGAAAAAUCUCAAACAUGUAAAAAGCGAGUGCGCCCUGCUGUUGCGGCAAAUUAGUAGAGCAAAAGAAGAUAAUCGGAAGUCAGAAGAAAGCACGGUGGCUAAAGCCAAAUACGACGAAUUGGAGGGAGAGUUGAGCAAGCUCAAACAGGAACUGGAUACUCGGCCCAAAUUGGAAGAAUUUGAUAAAAAGCAACAGCUAUGCGAGAGCCUAACCGAAAGUUUGGCGUCAUUGAGAAUUGAAACAGAAGAAUUGCGGUCGUUAAACGAACGCUGUCAGGACGAAAUGGAUCGUAUGGAAAAAGAGUUACUGAUGCGGAAAAACAGCGAAAAUGACAAACUCAGUGCAAUGGCAUCUGUACCCAGUACAGGUGAAUCGUUGAUUCCACCUAACAUAACCAACAGGAAUGAAAUUAGCAAGACGAAAGGUAAUCAACCAGAAGUUGAACGAGAAAUCGGUAUGGAUGCCGAAACCCAGACGGAUGUUGAGAUGAAGGUUGUGGUGAUGGACGAAAUGAACGAUAAUGACAUUUCUAUCUGCUCGAAUCUGGACGAAUUAGACGAUGACGAAGAAGAUGAUGAUGAAAAGACGGAAACGAUAGAGACGACAGAAAUAUUCGUUGGUCCAAACGUGUCACUAAACGAAAGUGAGAUCGUUAGAGAAAGUAGUGUUCUUGAGGUCACUGCUUCGGUAACUAGUAAUAGCCAUAGCAGUAAUCCUAGCAGUAAUAAUUUGAGGUGGACCGAUAGUGAGCUGGAAUCUUCAAAAUCCCUGGAAACCAUUGACGAGCCAAAUGGAUCUGUUAUGGAAAGCGUGGAUGGCAAAUCUCUUAUGAACAAUAGUGGCAUCGAGCAGGAACUAGAGCUCAUAAAUCAUCCGGAUGUACAGCGGGAGGAGGAACUGAUUGCAUUUAAGGAGAAGUAUACUCAUCUUACUCAGGAGAAUAUCCGGCUCAACCAGCAGCUGCAAAAGCUGAGCGACGAUUUCAGCCAUUUCAAGAGCAAAUCGUUCAUCAAUCUUCUAAUGUAUAUAGCGCCCGUCGUUGUUAUCGUUGGUUAUAUAAUGUUUAAUCGCGUAUCGUAAAUCGGUCUCCCACCUAGAGUUUUCAGUUUAAAUCAGUUAGCAGAGAUUAGAAAAUUUUAACUAUAUUUAUUUUGAACCCGGCUAAAAGCAAAUUGAGUAUAUAAAUAAACAAUAUUGGUCUUCUGAAUCGUACUUUUAAUCCUUUUAGGAAAAGUCAAUGUUUUCGAACAACGAUCAUCUACGUUUUUGGCAGAUAGCUUUAAUUUAUAUUUUGUUUGUUCGUUUUGUGAUUCUGUCUGUAGUUAUAAUGCAUAUAUUUAUUGUCGAAAGGAAGAAAACAUUGUAUUUGUAAUUGUACAGGAAAAACAUAUGUAGGAAAGUUAUACAGGAAAGAAUGAGGAAUGAUUUCUUUUCUUUUCUGUGUGCAUAAAGUAAUGUAUUAAUCAAACAAUAUCAACAAACUACUUGAAGUAAUAUUUUAAAUAAGUAAACCACACUCAAAACAUUCUCCUCACACAUACACACCCCUUCUUAACCCCAUUGUUAGUAACCUCUGGUGAGAUAAUUAUUCUCCAUAAAAAUCAGGAUAGCUUUUUAUACAGAAAAAAAAAAAACAGAUAGAAAAUACUGAUAGACGGUCUCUCCCUAUGUAACUCUCAGGUAUAGUGGAGAGCAGUGUUAACCUAUGGCAGUGCUUCUAUUGUGCAAACGGCUGAAACUAAAUAUCAAGUCUUCGACAGAGCGAAAAUUGUAAAAUAAUCUCCCUCUCGAACUAGUGUGGCAAAAUUGAGCAAAUUGUUUCCAAAUUAAUAAACAAAUGCUAAUAACCUUGCUUACAGCGAUAGACAGACGAAA